AUGAUGCUCGCCGGCGCCGGCGUCGCCUCCGGCCUGAUGGUCGGUACCGUGCCCGCCGCGCGCGCACCAGCCGUCCAGAUGCAGAUGAUGCCUCCGGCCACGGGCAUGCAGGCCGCGCCCGGGGUCGACAUGGCGCGGGCGGACGGCGGCCCCCCGCUGGUCGACUCCUCCAUCCUGGUCCAGGGCGGCUCGCUCCGCACCUGGUCGUACCGCUCGCCGUCGGUUGAGCAGGUCCAAGUGGUCCUCAGCACUGAGGGCCGCCCACUCGACGCGGACAUCGAGCUGUGGCAGGGGCCGGACAACACGCCGUGCAAGAUGCGCGUGUACGUCGAGAACGGCCAGCUCCGCCCCUUCAGCGCCGUCGUCGAGACGCCCCGCGGCCCAAACACAGUCGCCAUCCGCAACAUCGGCCAGAUCGAGUUCCCCCUCGCCGCAAACGUGGUGGCGGACAACGUCGACAGCCCGUCGGCCGAAUGCCUCGACACGCGCAUGACCAUCCAGGGCGGCGCCCUCCGCACCUACCCCUUCGACCCCUCGGUCGACAGCGUCCAGGUCCUGCUCAAGACGGACGGGCGGCCGCUCAACGCGCGGAUCGAGCUGCUGCAGGGCCCCAACAACAACAAGCAGGUGAUCGAGCUGUACACGGAGGACGGCCUCGACCGGCCCUUCUUCUGCAUCCUCGAGACGCCCGGCUCGGGCAACGUCGUCCGCGUCGUCAACACCGCCCCCGUCGAGUUCCCGAUGACUGCCGGCGUCGUGCCCAACUCCAUCAACCAGCAGAUGUCGUACGACGCCGGUCCUCGGCUGGGCGACGUGGCGCAGAGUGUGCGGCGCUUCGGCGGUAGUGAUUUGCACACGUUUGAGAUUUGA